AUGAUCUAUGCUAUUUCUUUGUCAGUUGGCGGUAGCGGCCAUGAGCCAGCUCAUUCUGGAUUCGUGGGUGAAGGGAUGCUAGCAGCUGCAAUAUGUGGUGAUGUUUUUGCUUCUCCACCAGUCGAUGCUGUUCUAGCUGGCAUCCGAGCUGUAACUGGUCCAAUGGGGAAGAAAGAGCCAACAUGGAAUGAGGAAUUCACUUUUAACAUUAAGCUCCCUUCGACUAAAAACCUCCAGGUGGCAGCUUGGGAUGCAAACUUGGUAACUCCACACAAGCGAAUGGGCAAUGCAGGAAUCUGUUUGGAGCUUCUGUGUGAUGGAGAUUCACAUGAAAUGGUUGUGGAAUUAGAAGGAAUGGGUGGUAGAGGGAAGAUACAGUUAGAGGUUAGAUAUAAAAGUUUUGAUGAAAUUGAUGAGGGAAAGAAGUGGUGGAAGCUCCCAUUUGUUUCAGAGUUCCUCAGGCAAAAUGGGUUUGAGUCUACUUUGAAAUCAAUUGUUGGGUCUGAUAGUGUGCUGGCUCGGCAGUUUGUUGAAUAUGCUUUUGGGCAGUUGAAAUCCUUUAAUGAGACAUAUCCUUGGAAGGAUAAGCUUUUAAAUAGUGGUAAAUAUGUAGCAGAAGGGGAAUCGGUCAAUGCCACUGCUGCACCUGAGAAGUCUUCAUCUGUAGAUGUUCCAUUGCUGAAUGACCAGAGACUGAAUGAAGAGAACAUUGUUGUUGAAAAAAUGCUAGUUGGUGAAUCCAUACAGUUUGACAAACAUUUCUGGAAGAACUUUGCAGAUGUUAUCAAUCAGAAGGUUGUACAGAAACUUGGUCUUCCUGUCCCUGAGAAUGUAAAAUGGGAUGGUUUUGAUGUACUAAAUAAGAUUGGCAUACAAUCCCGGAAAGUUGCAGAAAAAGCUUACGUUGAAUCUGGGCUUGCAAGGCCGAGUAGACAAGAUAUUGAUGAUUCCGCAGAGAGCGGGCCACUUCUAAGAAGUGCAAUUCAGUCUUCAAUUCCGGAUAUAAAAAUGACACAAGAUUUGUUGCAGCAAACUGAUUCUGUUUUGGGGGCAUUGAUGGUUUUGACUGCGGCAGUUUCUCGGCUAAAUAAGGAAGCGCGUUCUAUGGAAAAGAAUGAUAAUAAAAUGAAAAGUGAUGAUUCUGUGUAUUCUAAGAGUGAGAAUCUUGCAGUCUCAUCAGACGUAUCAUCAUUGGAUGAAAAGAAGUCGGAGGAGAUGAAAACUCUUUUCUCUAGUGCAGAAAGUGCUAUGGAAGCCUGGGCGCUGCUUGCCACUUCUCUUGGUCAUCCUAGUUUUGUUAAGUCUGAAUUUGAGAAAAUUUGCUUCCUAGAUAACGCAUCCACUGAUACACAGGGGAAGAAAUGUACAGCAUAUCCUGUUGUGAAGCUCGACGUGGUACUAGCCGGCGCCACAUGGUUAGAACCUGAUCCAAUCGAUCGCUGCUUCACCGAUGGAAACUUGGUCACAGGAGCGGCUUGGCCUGGUCACCCAGAGUUCAUUUUUCAGUUAAUGGCACUACUGGGUAUAAAGUCUGAGGAACGAAUGAGGAAAGAUAUGGAAAGAUUUGAUCAUGAAAUAAGGAAGGAAGAAGAAAGGUUGAUGCGUGAACAGCAGAGAGAGGAGAGAUUGCUACGUGAGCAAAGGCGAGAAUCAGAGCGACAGGAGUAGUAUUUGCAGAAAGAAUCUAAGGCGGAGAAAAAGAGACAAAAAGAAGAGCUUCGUCGAGAAAAAGAAGAAGAGAGACGAAAAGCUGCAGUGGAGAAGGCCACUGCUCGCAGAAUUGCCGAGGAAUCCAUGGAGCUUAUGGAGGAUGAACAGCUGGAGCUGAU